AUGGCUCCGAGGACGGUGGAGGAGGUUCAUCGUUCCGCGAAGGAGGAAGUGGGUGAGGUCGAGGGUAUUGGUUCGGGUGGGGCUGUUGGUAUUGAGUUGGAGGAUACGGUGGAAGUUGAGAAUGGUGAUGGGGCGGAGGAGGAGCGUGGUGUUGAUGCGAGGACAGUGAGUGAGAAGACGAAGAAGGCGGUGGUGGCGGAGGAGGAGCGUGAGAAGAAUGAUGAUGCUGAGUUGGCGGCGGAGGUAGAAGAGACGGCGGGGGGUGUUGGUGUUGUUGCUGCUGUUGGUAUGCGUGAAUAG